CUGUGCAAGCUUUCUUACAAACUGAUCAAUUCCACAACUAUCUUUCUUCCUGCUUGGCACAAAAUCCUCCUCGACCUGCAAAUGACUCCAAUGAAUAUGCCGCGGGAUGUUUGCACCUGCUGGAACUCUACCUUCGAUAUGCUGGACAAUGCUGUUGUCCAUUGGGAAGCAAUUGACACAGUCACUCAGCGGCAUGACCUAGGAUUGCGCAAGUUUGAGCUUGUCGACAGUGAUUGGGAGAUAGCCAGCCAGUUGCGGGAUAUUCUCAAGGACACCACAUUGUUUUUCUCACGGGGGACACCUAACCUUGCAAAGGUUAUUCCCGUGAUGGAUUUGAUUGAUGAACGACUCACCACCUACUCU